AUGGCUGCUUCGAUGACGCCGUCUUCGUCUUCGACAUCGGUGAAUGCUUCGCUGAGACCCAUUGCGUGUCUGCGCUGCCGCUCUCGCCGGGCUUCCUGUUCGAAAGAUCGGCCCAAGUGCACGAGAUGUCGAGCCCGUGGCUGGGAGUGCAUCUACGAGGAGACAAGGAAGAUCAUCGUGAAUGAGUCUUACCUGAGGCUGCUCGAGGAGAAGGCCAAAGCUUACGAGGGGCGACAAGGUACGCCGUUGUUAUUGUCAUUUCGGUUGAGACCGGGGACAUUGCAAUUUAACCAUGUCGCAACAGACACAUUCUCUCGGAAAGGAAGCACCGAGAAGCCCCCCGAGCCCCUCCCUCGGCGGAAAGAUUCCUCGGGAGACAGCCUGGAUGAAGACGAAUUUGAAGAUGGGCACCCUCUUCUUGAACCGUUUAACAGAUUAAGCGUGGAUAGACUGUCAACCAGCUUCAAGGGCCCGGCUGCUGCGGACAACUUUCUACGCAUAUUGAGAAACAUUUCCGGCUUGUGCGAUGACGACGGCCGCCUUGACCUCAACCCUAAUUUCUACGAGCCUGGCGCGCUGCCUUCUCGGCGCGAGUAUGUGUGGAGCUAUACUCGUCUCCCUCCGAUCGACAUCUGCCGCCGUCUGUUCGCCGCCCAGUACUCGUACCUCGGCACCAUCUUUGCCUUUGCUGACCCUCCAACGUUCGAUCGGCUGCUGAUGGAAGCCCACUGCGGCACGCCGAAUCUCGCAGACAAAGAUGCCUGUCUUAACUACGCCAAGGUGCUCGUUAUCUUGGCCUUUGGCCAGCUGUACUCGGUCAACCAGUGGAUCGACUUCAAGGGCCCCCCCGGCUUCGAGUACUUUACCCACGCCCUCCAGCUCCUCCCCGACGCCCACGAGGAGGGCUCCAUCAACUGCGUCGAGACCCUGGCGCUCAUCGGCUACUUCAUGCAGAACAUGAAUCGCCGCGAUGCCGCGUUCCUGUACAUCGGCAUGGCCAUGCGCAUGGCAAUAUCGCUUGGCUUGCACCAGGAAGUCAGCUCGUCCCAGACUUUCGACUUUGGCUUCCCACAGCUAGACGAGGCCACCCGUGAGCACCGUCGCCGCGUCUGGUGGAGCGUCUACAGCCUGGACCGCAUCGUCUCCGUCAAGUCCGGGAACCCCAUCACCAUCCAGGAUGAAGACAUCGGGGUCAGCCUCCCGUCUCGGCUCCCCGGCGAGCCCGAGUACUGCCCGGCCGUGGUGCUGCGGCACUAUACCGAGCUGUCCCGCAUCCUCGGCGAGGUGACGACGUCCAUCUACCGCAAGACGGGAGCGGGCGAGCCAAAGUCCGGCAGGCGGCUCAUGGCGUCGGUGCAGAGCAUCAUCCUCUCGCUGUCCAACUGGAAUCGCGACCUGCCGGACGAGCUCCGGUUCGUCCCGGCGAGGCUCAGCAUCAGCCGCGAGAGCGUGAGCACCUUCUCGCACUACUACCAGUGCAUCAACAUGACGGCGCGCCCGCUCCUGUUCCACGUCGUAGGCAAGCGCCUGAAGGGGAUACGCGACGAUCCCACGGUGAAGGAGCGCGACUGGACCGAAGGCCUGUCGCAGACGACGGUGCGGGUCAUCGAGAUGUGCGUCAGCGCAGCGCAAGACACCAUCAACAUGAUGACCAUUGCGAGGCAGCGGGACCUCGUUGCAACAUACGGCUACAUGGACGGCGAGCAUGUCUUCUCCGCCGCCAUCGUCCUCGUCAUGGUCUGCGUCGCCCUGCCCACCAACCCCGCCAACACGGCCGCCAUGAACGCCGGCCUCGACCUUCUCCGCGCCAUGGCCGAGCGCGGCAACAGCCACAUCGCCGCCCGCUACGAGCUCCUCGCCCACCUCCGCGCCGCAGCCACGAAUAACACCGCCGGGAUGGACGGCCGCCCGCCCAAUCAGCCCCCCAUGCCGCCGUUGUUCCCCGCCGACAACAGCAAUAACACCGGCGACGCCUUCCUGCCCCCGUUGCCGGAUACCCUCGGGCAGGCAAUGUUCCCGCCGGCCUCGGUCUCGACCGGUCUGGCGGCGGCGAUCGGGGGGCCGGUGCCGCCGUCGCUCACGCUGUCGAUCGCGGACCCGGGCGCGCUGCAGGGGGUGUUUUACAACAACAACAACAACGGCGACGAGGACGCCGCAGCCGCCGCCGCCGCCGGGAGUGCUGGGGAGGGGGAGGGGGCGGACUUGGGCCUGUGGGAGGAGGGGUUCGCGGACCCGGCCGUGAUGGAUGCGGGCUCGGACCUGACGCAGUGGACGAGGGCGGCGCAGAUGGUUGUCGAUCAUGGGAUGGGGUUGUGA